GCAGGAACGUUUGUCAUGUUAACACGGAGUAAAAGAUCCUCAACAGCUGCUGAUAAAGAAAAGAGUAACAUAACAUUAAUUCCCAUCAAAAAGGAAAUAAAAACUGAACAGGAGGAGGUGACUGGAGUUUCACAUGGUUUCAUUUGUCCGCAAUGUCAAGCUCACUUCCUUUAUGAUGAGUUCUUUGUAGAACAUAUCAGAGAACAUCAUGGUGAAACAAUCAAUGAUAUGUCUACUAGAAAUGUCUUGUUAAAUUCAUUACCAUCAUUAGUCAGGUUGGGCAAAGAAAAUACUUCUCCUGUUGGGAAAGCUUUUAAAUGUGACGAUUGUUCUUAUACCUGUACUGAGAACAGUGAUCUUGUGAAACAUUUACGUAUUCACACGGGAGAGAAACCCUACAAGAGCAAGGAAUGUUCAUAUACUCGCUCAGAUAAAUCAAAGCUAAUCAGACACCAACGUGCUCACACGGGAGAGAAACCCUACAAGUGUAUGGAAUGUUCAUAUACUUGCUCUGAUAAAUCAAAGCUUAUCAUACACCAACGUAUUCACAAGGGAGCUAAACCCUACAAGUGUAAUGAAUGUUCAUAUUGUAGUGCUCGGAAAGGUGAUCUAGAGAAACAUAUGAGGACUCACUCAGGAGAGAAACUCUUCAAGUGCAACGAAUGCUCAUAUACUUGCUCAAUUAAAUCAAAUCUCAUCAGACACCAACGUACUCACUCAGGAGAGAAACCCUACAAGUGCAGUCAAUGUUCGUAUUGUAGUGCUCGGAAAGGUAGUCUAGAGAAACAUAUGAGGACUCACACAGGAGAGAAACCCUACAAGUGUAUGGAAUGUUCAUAUACUUGCUCUGUUAAAUCAACUCUUGUUACACACCAACGUAUUCACACGGGAGAGAAACCUUACAAUUGUAAGGAAUGUUCAUACACUUGCUCUGUUAGAUCAAGUCUUGUUACACACCAACGUAUUCACACGGGAGAGAAACCCUACAAGUGUAAGGAAUGUUCAUAUACUUGCUCUGUUAGAUCAAGUCUUAUUAAUCACCAACGUACUCACACAGGAGAGAAACCCUUCAAGUGUAAGGAAUGUUCAUAUUGUAGUGCUCAGAAAGGUGAUCUCAAGAAACAUAUGACGACUCACACGGGAAAGAAACCCUUCAAGUGAAACCAACGUUCGUAUUCUAGUGCUCAGGAAGGUCGGUUCACAGCGCAUAUAUGAGGACUCACACCGGACAGAAACUCUAAAAUUGCAAGGAAUUCGAUAUAUAAUUGUCUAACU